AUGAGCUCCCUCCUUGGCAUGAGCCGCUCCCUUGCCGCCUUCGAGCAGGGGCUGCGCAGCCUGGGGCAGCCCCCCAGACGCAUGACAUCUAGGGCGUGUGCGCCCCGUCCACAGCGAGAGGUGCCCCUCUGUCCGCUGAUGCCACGUGGUGAGACGCAGAACGCGGACACCCUGCCGGGUCCCACCAACUGGCCACUGCUGGGCAGUCUGCUGGAGAUUCUUUGGAAAGGGGGCCUGAAGAAACAGCAUGACACUCUGGUAGAGUACCACAAGAAGUAUGGCAAAAUUUUUCGGAUGAAGCUGGGUUCCUUCGACUCAGUGCAUCUGGGCUCCCCGUGCCUCUUGGAAGCGCUGUACCGCACCGAGAGCGCCUAUCCCCAGCGGCUGGAGAUCAAGCCGUGGAAGGCCUAUCGCGACUACCGCAAGGAGGGCUACGGACUGCUGAUCUUGGAAGGAGAAGACUGGCAGAGGGUGCGGAGUGCCUUUCAAAAGAAACUAAUGAAACCAGUGGAAAUUAUGAAGCUGGACAACAAAAUCAAUGAGGUGCUGGCGGAUUUUAUGGGAAGGAUAGAUGAGCUCUGUGAUGGAAGAGGCUGCAUGGAAGACCUGUACCGAGAGCUCAACAAAUGGUCCUUUGAAAGUAUCUGCCUCGUGUUAUAUGGGAAGAGAUUUGGGCUCCUUCAGAAGAACGCUGGGGAAGACGCCCUGAACUUCAUCGAGGCCAUCAAAACAAUGAUGAGCACUUUUGGGAGGAUGAUGGUCACGCCGGUCGAGCUGCACAGGAGCCUCAACACCAAGGUCUGGCAGGCCCACACGCUGGCCUGGGACACCAUCUUCAAAUCAGUCAAGUCCUGUGUCAACAGCCGGUUGGAGAAAUACUCUCAGCAGCCUGGUGCUGAUUUCCUCUGUGAUAUUUACCAGCACAGUCAGCUCUCUAGGAAGGAACUCUACGCGGCCGUCACAGAGCUCCAGCUGGCUGCUGUAGAAACGACAGCAAACAGCUUGAUGUGGAUUCUCUAUAACUUAUCCCGUAAUCCCCAAGUGCAACAAAAACUUCUUAAAGAAAUUCAAAGUGUAUUGCCUAAGAAUCAAACGCCACGGGCCAGAGAUCUGCAGAAUAUGCCGUAUUUAAAGGCCUGUCUGAAAGAAUCUAUGAGGCUUACCCCAAGUGUACCAUUUACAACUCGGACUCUUGACAAGGCAACAGUCCUGGGUGAAUAUGUUUUACCCAAAGGAACAGUGCUGAUGCUGAAUACCCAGGUGCUGGGGUCCAAUGAAGACAAUUUUGAGGAUUCAAGUCAGUUUAGACCUGAACGUUGGCUUCAGGAGAAGAAAAAGAUUAAUCCUUUUGCGCAUCUUCCAUUUGGCCUUGGGAAAAGGAUGUGCAUUGGCCGCCGUUUGGCUGAGCUCCAGCUCCACUUAGCUCUCUGCUGGAUCGUCCGCAAAUAUGACAUCGUGGCCACAGACACGGAGCCUGUUGAGAUGCUGCACCUGGGUAUCCUGGUGCCCAGCCGGCAGCUCCCCAUUGCAUUCCGCCAGCGGUAAGAACUCAG